AUGGAAGUAAAUGUUCACAGAUGUCGGUUUAUAGAAUAUCAGCCUGCACAAAUUAAUUCGUUAUCACAUACUGAGACUCCUACACUGGGAUUAGUGGCAUGCGGUCGAUCGAAUGGAAAUAUCGAGAUAUGGACAACACGAAAUAAUUGGAACUUAUUGAGGAUAAUACCUGGUGGGGAGGGACGUGAUGUCAACGCUGUUGUAUGGGUCAAUCAGCAUUCGGAUAAAAUGUUUCCACGCUUAUUCUCCGCUGGCUCGAACGGACUUUUGGUUGAAUGGGAUACAAUCUCACUCAAGCCAAAAGUAUUGACACGCGUAUCUGGUGGAUCGAUUACUUGUAUGUCAGUGAACCACGCCAAUACUUUCAUAGCUCUUGGUUCAACUGAUGGAGCAGCUCGAAUAUUCAAUAUAACUAAUCCUAAAUUGCCCGAUUUGUACAAAACUCUUAAACCGGGAAAGCCAUCUCAAGUAUUAUCAAUUGCAUGGACUCAUGAUGACAAAUAUAUAAUAACGGGCUCGUCGGAUGGUGCUAUCAAGAAAUGGGAUAGUAUAAGUGGAAGAACAAUAUCAACAAUGACUGUGGAAACGCGACGAAAAUCAUCUACUCCAGUGACAAGUGUAAUUACGCUUCCUGAUAACACCAUAGUUUCUGGUGAUGCUCUUGGUCAUGUCAAGUUCUGGGAUGGUGAACAGUGUAACAUGCUUCAGACUUUCAACAAAUCCCAUCUUGCUAGCGUUUUAUGUAUAGCCUCCAAUAGAGAUGGUACCGAAGUGUACACAUCAGGAGUUGAUAGGAAGACGGUUAAAUUCUGCAAAGUAGACGACUUGGAGAAUGCGGGCAACAUAUGGAUAGAAACGGGGAAAAAAGGUUACCAUUCUCAUGAUGUUAGAAACAUGAUAUUGAUUGGAGAUGGUAAAGAACAGGAAGUGUUGGUGUCGGGCGGAACAGAUCCUGCAAUAGUUGUAUGUCCUAUCGUUAAUUAUCCAAACGUUACUCAUAGAAGACUGCAGCAUUUUCCGCAAAAGCCAAUGAUUUCAAUUUCCAAAUCAAAGAGACUAUUGGUCUGUCCAUUCGAUAAUGGUGAGGUGCUAAUAUGGAAAUUAGGGAAAUAUGCAUAUCCCAAAGAGUAUGACGUCUCUCCACAAAAUCCAUCCUCUGUGAGAUUGUCUUUGGCCGAGAAUAAGAGUUUAACAAUGAAACUGGUCACAAAAAGUAAACAGAAUGUUGUUUCUUGUGCCAUAUCGGAAGAUGCAAACUGGAUCGCUGUCGCGUCGAUAGACAGUGUUGGAUUAUACAGAAUGGGUGAAGAUAUGCAACGUCCAGGACAUUUAAAAAGACCAAAGAAAAUGAAGUCAUUUUUACAAGAGAUGAUAUUAGAUGGCAAAAGUUCAACCGGAGCGCACAGAGUAUUAUUCACACCAGAUAAUGGUCGAUUAAUUACUGUUGCAUCCAAUUCUGUUAUCAUUAUAAGCGACUUGACAAUGUGGGUUGACGAUGUGUUCCCCGAACUUGCCAGGUUCACGGAAUACGCAUCGCCAAGCCAAUUGUCUAUUAGUUCUAUAUCAACAAGUGGUGACAGCAAGUGGUUGGCCGUAGCGGACGAUAUGGCCAAACAAAUAAACAUUUACUCUCUUGAUCCUUUUCAACGCCACAUGACUCUUCCUCAAUUGACACCUGUCAGCUGUCUGCAUACUAGUCUCACAUUUAAUCCGUACUCAUCGACACUUGUUAUUACAUUUGCCAAUAAUCAAUUCUAUGUUUACGAUGUUUCUACGAAUGCACUUACUCGAUGGUCAGAGAAAUAUGCCAACGUGAUGCCAGCGCGAUUUGCCCGAAUACAGGAUAAGAUCAUGGGAUGCGCAUUUAAUCCGGAGAACAGUAACCAUAUCGUACUAUGGGGAAGCGGAUAUCUGUGUUCUAUAGACAUGCAAUUGGAGAUAGAUGAGAGCAAUCUGGAUAUUACGGUGAAGAAGAGAAAGAGAGAAGCAAAUGCUGUAAGUGCGAAUGAGAAUUAUAGGUUGAGCCAUCAUUAUCAGGGAAUAAUGUUUGUCGAAUUUAUUGGAGAGAAAGAGAUGGUGGUAGUGGAGAGACCCUAUACAGGCAUAUUAGAGAAUCUCGGUCCAUCAUUCUAUCGUCCUCAGUACGGGACUUGA